AUGGAAUGGAAUGUUGUGUGUUUUGUUUGUCUGUCUGUCUGUCUGUCUGUCUCGUUCUUUUGGGAUAUUUACCUACCUUUAACUCUAUCUGUGUCUAUGUCUAUCUAUCUUUCUUGUGUAAUGAAUAUAUGGAAGGGAGGUGCAAAGAUCACUCCUGUGUUGUCACAACCAACUCUAUCAUGCAGCGCAGAAUAUAUCAUCCGUCAAUCCCAAUCCAACCAAUCCAAUCUUAUCAACCCGACUAUUUCUGACUUUUAUUCUAACUCUUUCUUCCUCUUUCUCUCUCUAGAGUUGGCUAAAUAA